AUUAAGAGAGGGACAGCCAAGGACAGCGAGCUAUGAAAGUAAUGUGCUGUGCUCUUCUACGUUAUAUCGGCUUUUUUAAAUACGAUAUUGCAUCUUUAGAAGGUAGUGACACACGAGGACAUACUGACUAUUUUGGUUGAAAUGUUAUCUGCGGUGAGACGGGCGUUUACUUUGACACCGUAAUGUUAUGGACUGUACAUUAAGUUAGCUCACUGGCUAGCCGAACAGUGCUGGCUAGAUGCUCUGGAGGAAACAAGCGAUGACUGACAACGAAUUCUAUGGAUGCACGUCUAUUAAUAUGGGAUUUUAUUAAGCUGCGAAACAGAAGGUUCGUCUUGGAAAAGGUUCAACCAUCCUACCAGCUGUCAUGGACAACGCGAAGCCACACAGCAAUGAUGAGGAUGACGAGCUGCACUCUACGGAUCCAGAGAGUAAAGAAAACAGCAAAGAUAAAAAGACCCUGUGCAAAGUGAAGUGGUCCCGGGAUGAGGAUGAAAAGCUGAAAAAACUUGUCGAGCAGCACGGAACAGACUCCUGGAAACUAAUUGCUAACUUCUUUCCUGGGAGGACAGAUGGGCAGUGUCAGCACCGCUGGCAGAAGGUGCUCAACCCGGAGCUGGUGAAAGGACCGUGGACAAAAGAGGAGGAUCAGAAGGUUAUAGAUCUGGUGCACAAGUAUGGUCCUAAACGUUGGUCUGUGAUCGCCAAGCACCUCCAGGGCAGAAUUGGGAAGCAGUGCCGUGAACGGUGGCACAACCACCUUAACCCAGAGGUGAAGAAGUCUUCAUGGACUCAGGAAGAGGACAGAAUCAUCUAUGAAGCCCACAAACGACUGGGAAACCGCUGGGCAGAGAUCUCCAAGCUUCUUCCUGGACGGACGGACAACUCCAUCAAGAACCACUGGAACUCCACCAUGAGGAGGAAGGUGGAGCAUGAGGGGUACCUUCAAGACAGCUGCAAGAGUUACACUUCUUCUCAUGCUGGAGUAAAGAGACGACACCACAGGCCAUGUCCUUCAACUCCAACUGAGCCCCAGCAGUGUGACCGCAGCCCCCUGCCUUUACCCGGACCAAAUCAGAUAGGGGGAUAUCCUUAUGACCCUCACAGCGGGCACUUGAUGGACAGUCUUCCUGAUAAUUCAGGAUUCAUACAGCCAUCCUGCCUGGAUGAUCCUGACAGAGAGCAAAGAAUAAAGGAGCUUGAGCUGCUGCUUAUGUCAGCAGAGAGCGAAGUCCAACGACAAGCGCAGUGCAGAGGUCCAUGUAGCUUGGAGCAGUACUCAGCCUGGUCCGACAGUGUCUCAGACGACACACUGACCACAAGUAGCAGCAGCAUAGAGGAGCAAGCAGAAAUAAGGUCCUGGAGGGGCCCUCCACCACCGCUCCCUGUCUCCCCCAGCAAGUUCCUAGCUGUGGAGGCCAACACUGUGCUCUCCACCCUGCAGACCAUACCAGAGUUUGCAGAGACCAUGGAGCUCAUUGACUCAAUGUGUUUGGCUCUGCAGGAUCCAGUAGCAUGGAGCGAUGUUGCCGGCUUGGAUUUGUCUGAGACUACGACGCCUCCCAGGCACAACCAGGCAGGAUACAACACUCUCCUGCAAGAGAGGACGGUUAACAAUUCAUUGGGCUACUCUCAGACUGCCAUCUCUGAUCAGGACAAGAAUUGUGCUCCGUUCAGUUUGGGCGAUGUCCCUGCCCUGACUCCUAUCAACUCAUCAAAACCCACCCAAGCAUCGGUUGGAAGGAGGAGGAGAAGAGAGAAAGGGGAGCCAUCCCCUUUGUGCAACAGAACCUGUUCCCCCUUCUCGGAAAAUAUCUCAACUUCUCCCAAGAAAACUCCCACAAAGUUACUGCCGUUCACCCCAUCACGACUCUGCAACAUAUCAGGGAUGGAGCACUUAAAUCUGGAUAACCCUGCUCUCACCUCAACUCCUGUGUGUGGACAACGUUGUCUCCUAAACACGCCACUCCAAAAGGAAACCACACCCAAGCACCAGAAAGAGAAUGAUAGCCCUCGCACCCCCAAAUUCCGUAAAACUGUCAUGAUUCCAACCCCGAGGACUCCGACUCCCUUUAAAAAUGCUCUGGCUGCCCAGGAGAAAAUGCAUGGACCCCUAAAGAUGGAGCCACAGCCAUUGGCAUUUCUUGAAGAAGACAUUCGAGAAGUUCUUAAGCAGGAGACUGGAGCGGACAUCUUUAACAGAGCAGACGUCCAGCCAGACUUCAGAGCAUGGAAACAUAAUAUUGAUGGCCCAGCUAGAAAGGUGCGCAAGUCUCUUGUCCUGGACCCAUGGGGGAAGGACUGCCUAAACGUCCAACUCUUCCAAGAGCAGCUCAACAAAGCACAAGAGUCUGAUGAAAACCUACUUCUGAGCUCCUCACUGAUCAGCCUAAUUCCUGAACAAGAGGAGUGUAGCCGUUCUUUGAAUUCAGGCAGAGAGGAGCCCUCCUUGGUCCCAGUUCAUCCUAAUCGCUUUACCAGCCCCCGAAUGAAGAAGCUUCUCGCCUCCCACAAAGCAUCAAAACAUGCCAAUGUACAGGUGAGUGAGUGGGAAGCAGUGGUUUAUGGGAAGACAGAGGACCAGCUGAUCAUGACAGAACAGGCCCGUCAGUACCUGAACCCUUACCAGUCGUCCGGCUCUACCUCAAGGGCCCUUGUGCUUUAAAGCCGUCCCCGCUGCACAGGAAACACUACUACACCCUGUCCAACAAUGGAAACCUGUAAGAGACAAUCCAGUGAAAACAUUAUUUUUUAAACUUUUAAAGUAGAAAUGCACUGCCAAGGGUGUCCACAAAAUGAACGGCUGCUGGUAUGUUUCAUCACAUUUCUAGGUCAUUGCCAACAUAGUCUUUUCCUUGUAGGUUCAGCUUGUUUUUCCUCUAAAAAAAAAACAAACACAUGUCAACAUUUUGUACAGAUAUGAAAAAGGCUAGAUUUGUUUUCUGCACUAGACAGUAAUAUUGAAACACACGCACAUACAGUAGUCUGUAAUUAUAGUGUUCUGUCUUUUAUUAUUAAUAUAUUGUUCAAACGACAAGAAAGACAUUUUAUAAUGCGAUGCUACUCGUGUAUUUCCUUUAGGUUGUUCAGCUAAACUGCCACAUAGCUGCAUCAGACAACGACAUCUACAUGCAAAAUGAUCUGCUUAUAAUCGACAUCCAUGUAUUUUUUCACACUAUGGGCUUUUAACAAGACACAACAUUCAAUAACAAUAAUUGCUUUAAAAAUGACAGAAAAAAAAGUGGUUACAUAGUUUUUAUGGCAGCAGGGUUUAUGUAGCUGAAUGCCUAUCUGCGGUGAUGUAAAGUUUCUGAGGAUGAAGAUAAGAAGCUGUCAGUAUUGCACUACUGACUUGAUUUUGCUGCUGAGACAGGAGCAGUGUUUUUAAGGGCAAACUGGAUAGCACUUGUGACGGUAUCUUUUCAAACGACACAGCGUUUCCUUUUCUAAGGCCAUAGUGUCCGUCGAGACAUCUGUUGAAUGUAUUACAUUGCAAUGUACAUGUGCGAGAACCUUAAAAAUGGAAGGGUACCUGAAUGUUUAUUUCUGUUUAUUUAUUAUCUGACAGCUCUAAAGCUUAGAUUUUUAAUAUAAAUCGGACACCGUGAGUUUCUAAGAAGUUUAACUUUGCUGACAAAACAGCCUAAAAACCCUCUUUAGCUCUAAAGCAGCUCUCUCUCUGUGAUAGAGGAUGAAUGGUCACCAUUGUUUUGGUCAGUUUGUUAAUGUGUCGUUAACACUUCCUGACCAGUUUUCAUAUCAUCAGUGUUCUACAAAAACAACAUCUGGUCAAGAAGGAUUGAGUUUUUAUGUGAAGGCUGUAGGUUUUAUUUAUUUAAUGUCUAAUAAUUUAUUUAUUUCUAAAACAAAAUCAUUUAAGAGAAAUUAUUGAAGAAUUCUAUUGUUUUUUCUCUUUCAAAAUCAGGAUCGGGCUACCAUUCAGUUCCAUUACUCCAUGUUAGAAGAACAUGCACUGCCAAUAAUUUAAUGUGUUCAUUCUCUCUUCUGAUCAGACACGAUCUCUAAUCAUUGUGUAGUUGUAUCUAUCAUCUUGUAACAUUUAGAUAGCCCUUUGUUUUCUUUAAUGUGUUCUUUGCCAUUAGGUAGUAGGACUCCAUCUCCGACCUCUAAUCAUAGACAAAUUGCACUUUUUACUCUUCAUAUAAUUUUAAAUAUUUGUUCGUUCUGACGAUGUAGCUCUCGUCUUUAUUUUUGUGCUUUGUUUUUUGCGCGUGGGUUUUGUGUUAGAUUGUUGUCUCCCCGUUUUUGUAAUGAAUGCUGACAUUGCUGCUCAAAUCGAUCAUGUUCUUUUUCCCUGUUCUGCUGCAGAGAUGUGUGCUUUACACUACUUUAAAAGCCUUUUCUACACUGAUGGCUGUUUUCAAAAUCACAGCAAAUACAGAAGCUCCUUUUAGAAGACAAAUUAGAUCCCUGCAGCAGCCAGGGAUUCAAAGACUUUAUAUCCUGCUGAAAUGCAAACCCUUACCCCCCUCACCCCCACUCAUUAUUUGACACUGUAUGAGAACAAAGAAACCUGUAAAUAUGCACACAUUUUGGUUUAAUUCUGAAAUAUCAGACAUGCAUUGUGCUUCCAUGUUAACAGGCUGAUGUCCUUUUUAACCAUCCAGAAACAAAGCAUUCCCUAAUCUGCUGAAGUAACGCUACAGCUAUAAAUGGUCUUCUUGGUAUUAACGAUGGUAGUAGAUCCAGCAUUAGUUAUAAUCUGGAUUAUCUGGCAUUAAGCAUCAGAGUGAGAAUAAGAAGGGAAUCUUAUCAGGGGGAUUACGUGGAAAGAUCAGAAGUCUACGCAACUCUCAAACGUCCACAUGAGGAGUUUGUAUUUGAAUCUGGAGACUGAGAUGUGUUUCACCUGUGUAUAUAAUUGUGUCAUAUUGUGUGUUUGUUGGUUUGUGAAGUCCCAAGUUAUUAUUUCUGUGCGUUAACAACAUUUGGCCAUGUGACGUCAUAGGUUUUGAGGGAACUGAGAACAUAUACAGGAUAACAGCAGCUGGUAUACACUACUGUAGUUAUGCAUGAGCAAUACAUAAGAUGCUGGACUCUUAUUUAAUUGAGGGUGAGAUGUAACUCGCUCUGUAUUUUGUAGCAUUUUCAGAAAUCAUAUCAUAACUAAGGUACCCUAGAAAUCCUGCCAACUGUCUUUGUAAUUGUGUUCUUAAUAUGAAAAAAAUAAACGCAUAUGCUGCAUGAC